ACGGAUCCUUUCGGAUGAGAGGGGCGGACUGUGAGUUUGCAUUCAUCAAAAGACAACAGGACCUCAUAAGAAACGAUCUGGAUUUAUUUUCCACACAUAUGUGCUUGUGUUUGAAUGAGGUUCAAAGAUUUAGACUCAGUCCAGGUGCACGCUGCCGAGGAUUCAUUCCAGAAAAGUCAUCUAUCUACUGGACAGUUUCUGGCUGGACCAUUUUUCCAAGAUAUCACCCGUACGCCAGACUCCAUCAGACUGACGAGACCAUAUUUGUUUAUUUGUCUUCCCUCCCUCUACCCAUCCAUCUGGAUUCUUUCCUUCCCAUCCCCAUCGAACAUAUAUCACUCUCUCCCAUCAUGUGGAGCUUUCGAAACUUGCUCUCUCUCAUUAGUGUGUUUCAAACGCUUCCCUGGGCGUCUAGCCACAGUCCCAACCCUUUUGCGGGGCCACAAGUGACACAUUCGGACCCCUGCUACGACGAGACAGGUGCCGCCCGGCGUUGUAUCCCAGAGUUCAUCAACGCGGCGUUCGGGCAGGAGGUAAGCGUGUCGAGCAUAUGCGGGCGCCCUCCAUCUCGCUCAUGCAGUUUAGUGGAACGCGAUGACCGACCCGCCGUUCGCACAUGUCAGAUCUGUGACGCGUCAGAUCCUCGUCACGCCCACCCCGCAUCCUACCUCACUGAUCUGAACUCCGCCCACAACCUCACCUGCUGGCAGUCUGAAAAUUUGCAGGGCUCGCCGGUGAACAUAACGCUCACGCUGUCGCUCGGCAAGAAGUUCGAAAUCACGUACGUCAGCUUGCAAUUCUGUUCCCCUCGCCCUGAGUCGCUGGCCAUAUACAAGAGCAUGGACUACGGACGUACCUGGACGCCGUAUCAGUUCUACUCGUCGCAGUGUCGUCGCAUGUACAACCGACCGAACAAAGCGGCGAUCACGAAGCAGAACGAACAGGAAGCGCUAUGCACGGAUGGGCACACCGAUCUGUACCCUCUUUCUGGUGGACUCAUUGCUUUUAGCACGCUAGAUGGACGCCCGUCUGGGAAGGAUUUUGAUUCUAGUCCGGUCCUACAGGACUGGGUCACCGUUACUGACAUUCGAGUGGUCUUCAGUCGCCCGCAGCACCCUAGAGCGCUACCUAUGUCUGGCCGUGAGAGCGAAGACCCGCUCGGCCUGCCCGGGACGCUGCCUACCUAUUAUUACGCGGUUGGCGACUUCCAGGUGGGCGGCAGGUGUAAAUGCAAUGGUCACGCUUCUAGGUGUGUCCGAGAGAAGGACGGAAAGCUAGUGUGCGACUGCAAGCAUAACACAGAGGGUCCGGAGUGUGACCACUGCAAACCGUUUCACUACGAUCGGCCCUGGCAACGCGCGACAGCGAAAGAAGCCAACGAGUGUUUACCAUGUAACUGUAACCUGCACGCGCGGCGCUGUCGUUUUAAUAUGGAGUUAUAUAAGCUCUCUGGCCGUAAGAGCGGAGGAGUGUGUAUGAACUGCAGACACAACACCGCUGGACGACACUGUCAUUACUGCAAAGAGGGAUUCUACAGAGACAUGGCCAAACCCAUCACACACCGCAAGGCCUGCAAAGCAUGUGACUGCCAUCCGGUGGGAGCCGCAGGUAAGACAUGUAACCAGACGACGGGUCAGUGCCCGUGUAAAGACGGGGUGACGGGCAUCACCUGCAACCGCUGUGCUAAAGGAUAUCAACAGAGCCGAUCACCCGUCGCCCCCUGCAUUAAGAUUCCUGUUAUAAAGCCAACAGCUGUGAUCAGCACAACAGAGAAACCUUCAGAUUGUGAAUCAUACUGCAAACCAUUGAAGGGAAAUCUCAAGAUCAACAUGAAGAAAUACUGCAGAAAGGACUACGCUGUACAGGUAAGCGUGUUGGACAUGGAGACUGUCGGCGACUGGGCCAAAUUUGCUGUUAGUCUGGUUUCCGUGUACAAGAGCCGCGGCGAGCCGCUGAAGAGAGGCGAUCAGGCGCUGUGGGUCCAAAUGAAGGAUCUGGCAUGUAAAUGUCCACGAAUACACAUGGGCAAACGCUUCCUCAUUCUGGGCACUACUGAGGGCGCAGCAAGCCCUGAACGGCCCGGACUGCUGGCGGACAAAAACAGCUUGGUAAUUCAGUGGAGGGACAUUUGGACUCGACGACUGCGCAAGUUUCAGCGCAAAGAGAAGAAAGGCAAGUGCAGCAAAGCAUGAUGGGAUUGCAAGUGAACUCUAUAUUGACCACUGUCCUGUGUACGGGGGAGACUCUGGCGCCCGACCAUUAGUACGUGAGACUGAACUCUUUGCUGUGUUUGAUGUAUCGUCCUGUUGGUCAGCCUUAUGAAGGGACCGUUAAAAAGACCACUGAAUCACACACACACACUGCAGACCCGAGGACUGAUUUGAUUUCCUCUCGAACCCACAAUUUAAUCAAUCAAAAAUGAAAUGCAUCCUCAGAUUACUAAUCAAAUGGAACAAUUCUGUCCAUAUCUGGUUUAAUUUUGCAGAUUCAUCAAACGGUCACAUUGGUGCUCACCACAUGCUGCUCAGUACGGUUUUGAAAACCUUAAAAUCUUUGUCAUUAAGGUCUGGAUAAUUUCACAAAGAACAUAUUAAAGGGAUAGUUCAACCAACAACAACAAAAAAGUCAUCAUUUACUCACGCUCAUGUCAUUCGUGUGACUUUCUUCUGUGGAACACUAAAGGGGUGAUUAACAGUAUAGCAGAAUGUCCAAGCUGCUCUUUUCCAUACAGUGAAAGUGAAUGGUGAGCAUGUUUUUUCAGUGAAUAACAACUUAAAUUUCAGUCUGUUUCUCACACAAAGCUAUCGUUUGGCUUCAGAAGACUUGAAAUGUAACACAAUUCGUACGAACCACUUUAAAAAUAGUGCUUUUUAUCUUUUUUGGAGCUUGACCGUCCCUGAUACCCAUCCACGUUCAUUGUAUGGAAGAGAGAAGCAUGAACAUUCUUCAAAACAUCUCCCUUUGUGUUCCACAGAAGAAAGAAUGCCAUACGCAGGGCUGCAUAAUUAGACAAAUAAAUAAUCAAGAUUACCGUUACAGCUGCCAUAAUUAAGUAAUCGUAAAAAGUGCUCGCUGCUGUGGAUAAUUGAUUCAAAAUUUAAAUAAGGGCUUACUUCGUGCUUCUAAGAGCGCCAAUGUAAAGUCUUAAUUUAAAAUAAUUCCAAUUUAUAUUUGCUAUAUUGGCAUGACAUACGUUAGAACAUAUUGCCAAAUUAUUGCAAGAAAAAAUUAUAAUAAAAAACAAAUAAAUUAAUACAAUAAAACUAAAUAAAUACUAGCGAUAAGACAAAACAAUACUUAAAAACAUGAAAGAAACGUUUUGGAUGUGUAGCCUAUAUAAAAAAUACAGCAUGCAGUUGAUCCACCCAAAAUAAGCAUUUUAAUGUCAAUUGUAUUAAUCAAAAUUAAUUGCAAUUACAAUAUCAAGGGAAAUAAUUGACAGUUAGGAUUUUAUUUCAUAAUCAUGCAGCCCUAGUCACACGGGUUUGGAACGACAUGAGGGUGAGUAAAUUUUAGGGGUGAACUAUCUUUUUUAAAGCAUUUUCAUAAAUAUGGGAUGUGUCUUGUAUGUGUGGAUGUUGAUUUGAUACUGUGUGACUGUUGAAACAAUGAAACAGCAUUGGUCUAGUAAUUUUGAUGUAAUACAGUAUACAGUAGUGUGAAUGUCAUUUAACAACCUAAAGCCAGAAUCCUAUUGAGCUGCCUUAGUAGGCUGCAUUUUAAGGCAUCAUACUGCAUUUUGGCUGUUCCAAAAGGUAAGGUUCCUCGUUUUCUUCUAAAUACCUCAUUUUGGACAAAAUCUUGUGCAGCAUUGCACUUAUCCUUGUUUGCUUUCAUUUUUAACUAACAGGACAGUUAGUUGAAGUAGUAUGCAAAUUUUAAUACUUUAACAAACAUCUAUAGAGACACUAUACUCUAACACAAUCCAUAAAAUAAUGCACACCGACCUCAGAAUGUGUCUGUAUUUAUGCUCAUGUCUUGAUGUCAUUAACAUACUUUAAAAGAAUAGUUCACCCAGAAUAAAAAUACUCUCAUCAUUUA